GCAACCCAACAAAGAUUCCGGCGUUUUUGCCACGCAGACAGAUGUGCAAGAUGUCUGUGCGUUCCUGUCUUUACUUUAUUCUCUGUUUUCAGUUUUUCGGUGACUUUCUAAAUUUGAUUUGUGCAACCGUAUCGAGUGAUGAGGUUAAAAUCGAGGUGAUUUACUUGCCAGAAAACUGCACCCAGAAAGUGAGGAAGGGGGAUUUGUUACACGCACAUUAUGAUGGAUAUCUGGCCAAGGACGGAUCUCAGUUUUACUGCAGUCGCUCAGCUAAAGAUGGACAGCCUCACUGGUUUGUUUAUGGGGUUGGGGAGGUCAUCAAGGGCUUGGACAUUGGCCUGAAAGACAUGUGUCCUGGGGAGAAGCGAAAGAUCACAGUUCCUCCUUCAUUUGGAUUUGGUGAGAAAGGGAAAGAUCCGGUGCCACCCAAUGCAACCUUGAUCUUUGAGGUGGAGCUUUUGCAUGUGCGACGAGGUCCACGCAGCAUAGAAGCUUUUAAGGAAAUGGACAUCAACAAUGACCAGACUCUUACGAAAGAAGAGGUGAAAGAUCACUUGAAAAUGGAAGCAAAGAAGUUAAAUGUGCAGAAAGAAGAGUCCUAUUUCGACGCUGUUGUGACCGAUGUCUUCCGCAGGAAUGACCAGGAUGCAGAUGGAAGUUUGUCUAUAAAAGAGUACAAUGUCUAUGAGCAUGAUGAGCUUUAACUACCAAUACACAAUGUUCUCAUAGACAUUUUUUAUGCAGGUGGGAUAUGGGAUAUUUUUGAGGAGUAUAAUAAAAUACCACUAGGACUAUGCAAACUUUAAAUAAAGAUGAUUUUUGGAUAAUUAUUCGUACCUGUUAACAAUGUGCAGUUAACACAUAUGUUAUAUACUCAAUUUUUAUGUAUUAUGUAUUAUUAAACAAAACAUUGAAAAAAAUUCAGGCUUUUAAAAGGUGGUGUUAGUGGUACUGAAGAGCCUUAGUAAUUGACACUGCUAUAGUUAAUAAGAUAUCAGUGUUGUGAAAUUUCUCGAUGAAAGUCUAUGACAUGAAGGACUGACUAGAAAAAGUCAGUAUCUGAUCUAAUGAUAUCAUUCGAUUUGCAUAGUCAGGAACUUUUUCCUUUUAGAAAAAGCAGACAAAACAUGAAUACAAUCACUGAAAUACUAAAAUUGUGACAGUUGUAAUAUAUUUUUGACUCACCAUAAUUGACAAUGUGUUUACAUUUUCUGCAGCCCCUUACAGAUUCUUAAUAAAAAAU